UGUGGUUUUGUAUUUCUCAAUAAGUGGAUGAGAUAAAAUGUUGACUAUCUGCUACCUUCAUUCCCUCCUUAUCUGUCUACUCUCAAACUCUCCAAUAUUCCAAUUGUUAAAGUGACACAAGAUGGCUAAAGGCAAACAAAUCAUCUUCAAUGUCAUAAACACUGCAAUUACAAAUGCACAAACAGCAUAGAUCACAUUAAUUAAGGAUAUAUGACACCCUAUACUCUUCAUCUAAUAUUAAAUGAAAAGCAGGAUAUGUAUGUACACUUUCUGUCUAUAUAUUCUCCACAAUAAACAUACUGAACCUCUUCAUAUAAUUUCCACCACUAGUACUGAAGCUCUUAAAGCUAGCUAAGAAAUAUGAUGAAGGGGUUUCAGUUUGCAGGGCUUGAUAAAGCCACCAUAGGAUGUAAAACUCUUGACUGUGAAAGUCCCUUUGGAGCGAAGCCUAACCGACGUGUCCUUCUACCGUCUAAUGUUCCUAUUCUUGCUCAUUCCCUAGAACACACCCAACGAAACUGGAUUGCUUGGUCAAAUUCCCCUUCUGAUUUAAUUAUACAAAUUGGUGAUUCUAGCUUUCACUUGCACAAGCUUGCAAUUGCCUCAAGAAGCGAAUAUUUGAACCGGCUUGUAUUUCAGAGGGGAAGCAACAGAGAAAAAGCUGGUGACAGCCUCAUCAUCCAAAUUAAAAAUCUCCCAGGUGGUAAAAAAGCUUUUGAAUUAAUAGUCAAAUUCUGUUAUGGAAGAAAAAUUGAUAUAACCGCAGCAAACAUUGUUCCAUUAUAUUGUGCUGCACAUUUCUUGGAAAUGAGUGAAGAUCUUGAAGAAGGAAAUCUCAUAUCCAAGGCAGAAGCAUUUCUAACCUUUCAACUACUAUCUUCAUGGAAAGACACAUUUCGAAUACUUAAAAGCAGUGAAUCCAUUUCCCCUUGGGCCAAGGACUUGCAUAUAGUGAAACGUUGCUCUGAAGCAAUCAAUAGCUUGGAAAGUGUUCACAAAUCUAAAUGCAUCUAUGUUGAUAAUUGGUGGUUCAAAGAUGUAUCAUGUCUACGCAUAGAUCAUUUUAUUGAAGUGAUUCAAUCAAUUAGAAAACGUGGAACCAAACCAGAACUUGUAGGUUCUUGCAUAGAACAUUGGACAAGAAAAUGGUUUUCCCAAGUCACAUCUGGACUUGAUAAGGAAACUCCUAUGCCCAUAACUCUCCAGUUACAUAGAAUUUCAACUGAGGGCUUGAUUAACAUACUUCCUAGUGAAGAAAAUUCAGUCACUUGCAAUUUUUUGCUUCACCUACUAAAGGCAGGGGUGAUGCUGAAGAUAAAUCCGGAGUUGUUGUGUGUGCUAGAAAGAAGGGUAGCUUUAAUGUUGGAGAAAUGUCGUGUACCUGAUCUCUUGGUUAAAAAUCAAGGAUACAAAGAUUCUUUGUAUGAUGUUAGUGUGGUACUUAGGGUGUUAAGGUUUUAUGUUUGUGGCAUGUCAAGCAAUUCUUCAGCAAAACCCCACAGUGUUGGAAGGUUAGUUGAUGGGUAUCUCACACAAGUUGCAAGGGAUGAGAAUCUCACAAUGGAAAGUUUCAAAUCACUUGUUGAAGCAUUGCCACAAAAAGCUAGACACUGUGAUGACAACCUCUAUAGAGCUAUUGACAUGUACCUUAAGGCACAUCCAAAUUUGGCAGAAGAAAAUAGAACAGAUGUUUGUAGAGUCCUAGAAUACCAUAGAUUGUCACACGAAGCACGUCAGCAUGUGAUGCAAAACGAUAGAUUGCCCUUGAAAUUAACCACGGAAUUUGUCCUUUUUGAGCAAGUGAACAUGGCAACCUCAAUGACAAGUAAAGGAUCGAAUUACCGAAGGACAAAUACUCAGACCGUCAUCAGAGUGAACAAGGAUAUGGAAAAAAGACAAAUAACAAAUGCCCAGGAGAUAAACAUGAUGAGAAAAGACGUUGAAAUGAUAAAGUCGCAACUCUUGGAAGUACAUAGCUGCAAAAUGAAGCUCCAAAACCAACUGAAGAGAUGCAUUCGUUGAAAGAUAGUUAGUUCAUCAUGUAAAAACACUUGGAGAAGGACCUUCCCUCGUUUUCUGUGAUAGUAAUGUAAGAAAUUUGAACGAAUGGUGUAAAAUAUGUAUGCCUCAUUUAACUAGUCCUCCUCCGGUUAAACUACUUCCACUGCAUUCCAACCCCAUCCCUUAAAUCAUGUACCAGGAACUAAGUUUCAACUCUUAAGUCGAACUAAUGAAACUAUGGACAUUUAUAUGGCAA